AUCCAGGUUACUUAUUCUGCACAACUCAAAAACUCUUUAUAAGAACAAGAAGGCCAACAUUUCCUUCAAUAUUUCGUAAAAUAACCAUGAAGAGGUUAUGCAGUUUAAAAGUGUACUCAUUGCUUUUAACGUUGUUGAUUUUGUGUUCUGUUGCAAGGUCGCAGCUAAGAACAGAUUUCUAUGCCUCGUCGUGUCCGAAAGUUUUCAGGAUCGUACGAAAGGAGGUCCAAAACGCCAUUACGAAUGAGAUGAGGAUAGCUGCUUCUUUGCUUCGGCUUCAGUUUCAUGAUUGCUUCGUCAAUGGUUGUGAUGGAUCAAUUUUUCUGGACGGAGAUGAUAGUGAGAAACUUGCAUUCCCAAACCGUAAUUCUGCCAGAGGAUUCGAAGUUGUGGACACCAUUAAAACCGCGGUGGAGAGUGCAUGUAGCGGAAUUGUAUCAUGUGCUGAUAUACUGACAAUAGCUACUCGGGAUUCAGUUCUCUUAAGCGGCGGACCAAAUUGGAAAGUGUUCUUGGGAAGGAGAGAUGGAUUGGUGGCCAACCAAACAGGGGCUAACUCAAAUUUGGCAGGACCAACUGAGACUAUUCAGUCCAUCCUCACCAAGUUCACAAAUGUUGGCCUCAACCUCACCGACGUAGUUGCCUUAUCAGGUGGUCACACAAUAGGAUCAUCAAGAUGUGGCGUAUUCAACACAAGAUUCUUCAACUUCUCUGGCACUGGUGCUCCAGACAGCAGAAUCGAAACCUCCAUGCUAUCCGAUAUUCAAAAUACAUGUCCUGCAGAGAAUGGCGACGGAAACAAAACUGUACCACUUGACAGAAACUCUGUCGAUUUAUUUGAUAACCAGUACUACAAAAACUUGCUUGAUGGCCAGGGUCUUUUCGCUUCUGAUCAGUCCUUGGCUACUGGCAAUGAAACUCUUACUGAAACAACUAGGCCAAUUGUUGAACUUUACAGCCAACAGAAUCAACGUUUCUUAGAUGACUUUGUCACAUCCAUGAUCAAGAUGGCUAAUAUAAGUCCCUUAACUGGUACUGACGGAGAGAUUCGUAAGAAUUGCAGGAAAGUUAAUUCAUAGAGAUAUAUUCAGUCAUAAGUUUUAAGUACUAUGUGUAUGAUAUGUUGAUGUUAUUAUGUUGUACUCCCCUUGUGUAUGUGCAAUGUGAGGUGCAGUUUGUAUUAUUGUGUACCAAGAACUACUGUUUUACCGGUGUUAUUAAAAAUGCGAAUCAGACUUGAUCUAUAAAAAUACGAAACAAAA